GCGCGGCGCCGGCUGUUCCGUCUUGUCGCCCCUCCCCGAGCCCUGCCGGGAGCGCCUCUGCCCCGCCUCCCGGCAGCAGCGCCCCGACAUCCGGGUACCGACGCUGGCCGCUCCGACUCGGCACUAUGGUCAUGGCGGAGGGGACGGCAGUGCUGAGGCGGAACAGGCCGGGCACCAAGGCGCAGGAUUUCUAUAAUUGGCCUGAUGAGUCAUUUGAUGAAAUGGACAGUACACUUGCUGUUCAGCAGUAUAUCCAGCAGAAUAUAAGGGCAGAUUGCUCCAAUAUUGACAGAAUCCUUGAACCGCCUGAAGGCCAAGAUGAAGGUGUGUGGAAGUAUGAACAUCUCAGGCAGUUCUGCCUUGAACUAAAUGGACUUGCCGUCAAACUUCAGAGUGAAUGCCAUCCAGAUACCUGUACUCAGAUGACAGCAACAGAACAAUGGAUUUUUCUUUGUGCUGCUCAUAAAACUCCAAAAGAGUGCCCUGCCAUCGACUACACCAGACACACGCUUGACGGUGCUGCCUGCCUGCUCAAUAGCAAUAAGUACUUCCCCAGCAGGGUUAGCAUAAAAGAAUCAUCUGUAGCAAAACUAGGAUCUGUAUGUCGUAGGAUUUACAGAAUAUUUUCACAUGCUUAUUUUCAUCACCGGCAGAUAUUUGAUGAAUAUGAAAAUGAAACAUUUUUAUGUCAUCGGUUCACUAAAUUUGUGAUGAAAUACAAUUUGAUGUCCAAGGAUAAUUUGAUUGUUCCGAUUUUAGAAGAGGAAGUUCAGAAUUCAGUUUCUGGGGAGAGUGAAGCAUGAAGGGGAUGGGAGAAAUGUACCGCUCACGUAAUUAACAUUAAUUAUGUUCUGUACAUACAUCAUUUUAGACACAUCAAUCAUGUAUCCACAGUCCAGCUUCUGUGUUAGGGUAGGGUGUGUAUGCUGUGUGUUACCUUUCAAAUGGGAAGUACUUAAGUUAUUCAUGAGCUGUGUGUUCACUAGAGUGGCACUCAUGGUUUUUAAAUAAGAUUAGUAUUAUCUGUUUAUUAUGCCUGUUAAUAAAAGAAUUUACAGUUUGGUAAAAUUGCUGCUAAACAAUCAUUGGAUCACAAUCCUCAUCAAAUAAACCUGUCUGUAAAAAAGAUGAGUAAACUUGAGGUUUUGCACAAACCAUUUACUAAAGUGGUAGGAAGGCUUUCCCUGAGCUUAGAUACGUUAGAAAGUUUUGUAGUAUGUAGUUUAUCUUAACUGGUAACUUUUCCAGAGUGAGAUAAAGGUGUUUUAAAAAUUCUCUGGGUGGUUUUUGAAAUGCACAUACAAUUACAUGUAUACCCAAAUAUAAAUGCACAUGAAGUGUUAGUAAUACUUAAGUCAUCCUCUGUUACAUAAAAUACGUUCCAGGCCAGCGUACGUGGAAAGGGUGCCCCUUGGCUUGCUAAGGCCAGGCUUCUGCAGGGUGCUCUUUUGCCUCCCCCCGCUCCCCGCUUCAGUGUGAAGCGUCUCCCCAGCAGGCUGUGAUUGAGGGGUAGCUUAUUCCUAUUGAUACUUGUGUUAAUUGCUUACAGAUUAUACCUCAUCCUCGCAAUUGCAGAGCACCACAGGAAAGUUGUAUGACAUGGGCUCUUGCUUCUCUCUUUUGGGAAAUCACUCUUAAGUGUGCAGGAAACAGUCCUUAUCCUAGUUGGCUUUCCUGUUAGUAAUACUAACCUUUUAAUCUAACCCUGGGCAGCAUUAAAUAGAGACAGAAGUAGCACUGUAGUAUUUAUGUCCCUUCCCCCAAAGUUUUAUGCUUGAAUUAUACUCCUGUGUGAGGUUAUUUGCAAUAAUUUACAGGUUCCAGUGGUGUUGGUGAAUGUUCCUACAGUUUUUGGACUUUGUUAUAAUUCAUGUCUUGAGAAGAAUUCAAGUAGAGAUUUACCAAUCUAAAAAUCUACUGGAUGAAGUUUUUCUGAAGCACUAGAGCUCUUACUGCCAGACCGGCUGUAAGGAGGCGUGAAGAUGGGGGAGAGAUUGAGCACAUAGUGAAGAAAAUGUUCGAAGCCCUCUCUUGCCCAGAUUUAACACAAGGAGCACUUCCUUUCCACCUGAAGCUGUACGGAUGAGAAGACAAGUGCGUCCGUCCCAGUCCGCUGCCCUUGAGGAGGUCUGCGGGCCGUGUGGUGGCCCAGGCUGUCCCUUGGAGAGGGCUGGCGCACCAGGGUGCAUGUCACGUCACCAUCACGCCCAGACGCGCUGCCUCCACCUGACUGAGGGAAGCCCAUGCUGAGUGCCUGGCACCAGGGAGCUGGCCAAGUUCUGCAGCACAUUCGAAUAUACAGCGGGGUGUUAAUGGGAAAUAAAAUAUGAAAUCUUUCCUUAA